AUGGGUUCUAAAAAUAAUAAGUACGCUAUGCUGACCAUGCUGUUAUUCAAUUCAAUAUCUACAGCAUCGCGACUUUCAAUAUCGCUGGAGGGAACAGCGUCGUCUUCCCCUUUCCCAUCGCCCUCGUCCUCUUUUAUACCUCCACCCACGCCUGGAGCCCACGAAUUUGCCGUCAAACCGGUUCCGCCCGUGCGCAACGGGAAAAAAACGAGUACAACAAACUCUACGUCUCACCCACCAUCGCAGUCGCAACCACUGAACCCACAGGUGCCGAGCCCACCUCUGCUACUCCCUGAAACAGAUUCUGGUAGCAGUGACCUAACUUCCGAGCUGAAAAUGCACCAUGAGCCAUCAUCACAGCCGCCCUCGCUAAAGGGCGUCGUUCAGGCACAUAUUUCAAACACAAAUGGGCUAUCUCAACUGCCGCCGACCUCAAAAGAAGCGUUGCCUCCAGCGCCGUUGUCCCCUGCUUUGAUCUCUCCUAUGACCCCUACACCAUCGAGUGUCCAGAGGAAGAUCAUUCCAAAGGAGUAUCUCGAGCCGCCUCGGACUCCGGGGCACGCUGAACAAUCCCACUCGUCAUCCACGACGCCGACAAUACCAAUUUCUGCCCUCCCAUCCGAAGAAGAUGAGAAAUUUGCUAGUGAAAACUCAUCUCCUGCAACGGCAACUGCAUCAUCGUUUCCACCUCCAUCGUCGUCGUUAUUGCCACCCUCUCAUAGUCAAGAUGUAGACCAUUCUCCUUCCAAAAUUAUCAUUCCAGAUAAUCUUCUCGACGCGUCUAUACCAGGUAGCGGGCUUUCGAGUCCUGCAUUCACACCCAGCAGCCGACCCAUGUCCAGCGCUGACCCUUCACUGUUUUCCAACCGCCCCGCUCCUCCUUCACCUGCAAUGUCGCGUCGCGUGUCUGGCGCGCCCUCCAUAUCCUCCACCCGCUCACGUUCAUCGCGACCCCCAUCUACCUCCGUAUCUCGUACAAAUUCUCUCAGACAUUCUACCCAGUCGACACACUCGAACGCCGCCGGCUCCGCGCGCAAUUCGCCCGUGAUCAACCCACAUCGGCAGUCCGUAGGCAGCCAGCUGAGCCAGAGCUUUGCGCCGCUGCCGUCCCCACAACACCUCACUUUCUCGCUGAACGUGCCUCAACCAUCGGCUUCUGGCUCAUCUAGCACAACGUCGUCGUCUGUCGGUGUUCCUGCGAGCCCCAGUGCGUCGGGCGCGGCCACACUCCUCCCAGUCACACCAGCGACCGCAGUGUCGACCUCGUCGAAGCGCGCGUCGGCGAUAACUUACAUUAAGAUCCGCGAUUUCGGCUUCGCGCCCUCGGACGAACGGCACGUCGGACUCGGCCCUGAGGUGCCCAAGCCUAACCGCAUCGGGCGGAUGAACCGGCGGCUGCGCGGGACGCGCACGCUGAGCACGUUCAGCCAGGGCAGUGUGAGCAGCUCGGACGGUGAUGGCGAGGAAGAGGAUGAAGAUGAUGUUGAUUUGGAGGGUUGGAGUAUCGGCGGGUACGGCGGUAGAGGCGGGUGGGAUGGGCUCAGGAUAGGUUUGGGAAGGUUCAAUCAGCACUCGGGCGCGAAUGCUGCGACGGUUAUGGAGAACGAGCGUCAGCAGCAGCUGCAGAAUCAGGACUUCCCGAGCCGGAUGGAUUUGGAUAGGAAUUUCUUGGAUGGGGAUGAUAUGGAUGAUGAUGAUGAAUAUUACGACGCUGCUCAAGAUGAAGAGGACGAAGAGACAUUGUAUCCUGGGCUGUAUCGUGCACUAUAUGCCUUUGAACCGGAGGGUACUGCUGAAAUGAGAUUGGUGGAGGACCAGAUUGUGCGUGUGGUUGGACGAGGCGGAGGUGUGGGUUGGGCAGUAGUCAUUGAUGAAAAUGCAGAGGGAGACGAGGCUGGUUCGAAAGCAGAUGGAAGUACGUCUGCGCCAAAACAUGCUCUCGUGCCGGAGAGCUACUUGGAGCCAGUGAGAUUGGAUUGGGAAGAUGAGGAUGAGGAGGCUGCUGUUCCCGCUGCUGCUGCUGGCGGUAGCGGUGGUGAACAUGAUGUGGCUACUCCAGUCAAGAAUAUUCCUUCGAUUACUUUGGCGUAG